AUGGCGGACAAACAUUCUCUCAUUUGGAUCGGAUUAUUGUUACUGACUUUGGUGGAGUUUGGAUCCUGUUAUUCUGAGGAGGAACUUCACGCCAGUUACUGGAACAACAAAGCGAAGCAGGCUCUGCACCGAGCUCUCGGGGUCCAGCCCAAUCUGCACAAGGCCAAGAACGUCAUCCUCUUCCUGGGGGACGGGAUGGGUUUGCCCACAGUAACCGCGGCCCGCAUCCUCAAAGGGCAGCUGGACGGACACUCAGGGGAGGAGACCAGUCUAGUCAUGGAUACAUUCCCUCACCUCGCUCUGUCGAAGACCUACAAUGUGGACCAGCAGAUGCCGGACAGCGCAGGUACCGCCACAGCGUACCUGUGUGGUGUGAAAGCAAACUAUGGUACUUUGGGGGUCACUGCUGCAACCCCCAGGUACAACUGCAGCGCUUCCUUCGGGAAUGAAGUGACCUCCAUCCUCCAUCGCUCAAAGCAAGACGGGAAGUCCGUGGGAAUCGUGACGACCACUCGGGUCCAGCACGCCUCUCCUGGAGCAGCCUACGCUCACUCUGCCAACCGAGGCUGGUACUCCGACUACCAUCUGACCCCGGAGGCCGUACAAAAUGGCUGUCGGGAUAUCGCCUAUCAGCUGGUGCACAACACAGAAAUCGAUGUGGUUCUCGGUGGAGGACGUCAGUACAUGUUUCCCAACAACACACAGGACCCAGAGUAUCCGAGUACAACGGGAGAACGAGAGGAUGGACAGAAUCUGAUCGUGGAGUGGCUUAAGAAUAAAAAGAAGGCCAAAUAUGUCUGGAACAAAGCAGAGUUUGAUAAAGUGAAUCCUAAAAACACAGACUUUCUGAUGGGUUUAUUUGAGCCUAAAGACUGUCGUUAUGAACUGGAUCGAGACCCAACCAUGGACCCGUCUCUGACAGAUAUGGUGGAAAAAGCCAUAAAGAUUCUGUCCAAGAAUCCAAAGGGAUUUUUCCUUUUUGUGGAAGAUAACGGGAGAAUUGACCACGCCCAUCACGGAGGAAAAGCCAAACGAUCUCUUCAUGAAACCAUAGAGUUCGACCGAGCCAUCGGUCGAGCUGCGGAACUCACCAACGAACUGGACACUCUGACCGUCGUGACCGCGGACCACUCCCACGUCUUUGCCUUUGGAGGUUACUCUGCUCGAGGGAAUCCAGUUCUGGGAGUCUCUCGCUCUUUGGCCGAAGACCAUAAACGCUUCACGAUGGCAGUUUAUGGAAAUGGACCUGGAUAUCAAAUCAAGUCUGAUGGAAACCGUCCAGAUGUGAAUGAGACCGUUUCUAGUGACAAGGACUACCAGCAGCAGGCCCCCAUCCCCCUGGACUCAGAAACCCAUGGGAUUGAGGACGUAGCCAUCUAUGCAAAAGGGCCCAUGUCUCAUCUGUUCCAUGGAGUCCAGGAGCAGAGCUACAUCGCACACGUCAUGGCCUUUGCUUCCUGUGUGCAGCCGUACACAGAAUGCAAACUCCCAGAACACAACCAGGCAGCAGCAGUUCACUCCAGUCUGCUGCUCAUCGCUAUUGGGAUUUUCCUUUGUUUUUGUACUUUUAAAAUGUAG